CUCGGGUGGCUAGGACACGCGGCGGCGCCCGGCUGUGGCUCCGAUGGCAGGGUCCAGCUCCGGGACGCAGUCGGAGGGGCGCGCGCCCGCGAGGAGAGGGCCGGGCCGGGGGACCCCGCCCAGGCGGCGGCCGGGUCCCCGGGGCUGGGCGCUGCUGGCGGAGCCGACGGGGCGGAGAGGAGCGGCGGGAGGAGGAGUGGAAGAAGGGGGCUGGUCAAGGGAAGUGCGACGUGUCUGCGGGAGCCCUUUUAUACCUCCUUCCCGGGAGUCCGGGAGCCGCCACCGCCAUCCGUGCGCCCUUUGCGUCGCCGCUCCGGCACCCGAGCUCCGCAGCCGCCAGCCAGCAUGUCGGGGGUCAAGAAGCAGAAGACGGAAAGCCAAAAGUCCACAAACGUAGUCUACCAAGCCCACCACGUGAGCAGGAAUAAGAGAGGGCAAGUGGUUGGAACGAAGGGUGGAUUCCGAGGCUGUACAGUGUGGCUAACAGGACUCUCUGGUGCUGGGAAGACAACGAUAAGCUUUGCUCUGGAAGAAUAUCUCGUCUCCCACGGCAUCCCUUGUUACUCCCUGGAUGGUGACAAUGUCCGUCAUGGGCUUAACAAGAACCUCGGCUUCUCUGCUGGAGACAGAGAAGAGAACAUCCGUCGCAUUGCCGAAGUGGCAAAGCUGUUCGCAGAUGCUGGUCUGAUCUGCAUUACCAGCUUCAUCUCUCCUUUCGCCAAGGAUCGUGAGAAUGCCCGCAAAAUCCAUGAAUCAGCAGGAUUGCCAUUCUUUGAAAUAUUUGUAGAUGCACCUCUAAGUAUUUGUGAAAGCAGAGAUGUAAAAGGCCUCUACAAACGAGCCCGAGCUGGGGAAAUUAAAGGAUUUACAGGUAUUGAUUCUGAUUAUGAGAAACCCGAAGCCCCAGAGUGUGUGCUUAAAACCAACUUAUCCUCAGUAAGUGAGUGUGUUCAGCAGGUAGUGGAACUUCUACAAGAGCAGAGCAUUGUACCACACACUGUCAUCAAAGGCAUCCAUGAGCUCUUUGUGCCUGAAAACAAACUUGACCAAGUUCAAGCUGAGGCUAAAACUCUCCCUUCACUGUCAAUUACCAAGCUGGACCUUCAGUGGGUCCAAGUUUUGAGUGAAGGCUGGGCCACACCCCUGAAAGGCUUCAUGCGGGAGAAGGAGUACUUGCAGGCGAUCCAUUUUGGCACCCUCUUAGAUGGCAUCAUCCUUCAUGAUGGAGUGAUCAACAUGAGCAUUCCCAUCGUGCUGCCCGUCUCCACAGACGACAAGGCGCGGCUGGAAGGGUGCAGCGAGUUUGUGCUGACCUAUGGUGGACGGCGGGUGGCCAUCUUACAAGACCCUGAGUUCUUUGAGCAUAGGAAGGAGGAGCGCUGCUCCCGUAUGUGGGGCACAACGUGUGAAAAACACCCCCAUAUCAAAAUGGUGAUGGAAAGUGGGGAUUGGCUGGUUGGUGGGGACCUUCAGGUUCUCGAGAGGAUACGGUGGAAUGAUGGGCUGGACCAGUACCGUCUGACGCCUUUGGAGCUCAAACAGAAGUGUAAAGAGAUGAAUGCUGAUGCCGUGUUUGCAUUCCAGUUGCGCAAUCCUGUCCACAAUGGCCAUGCUCUGCUAAUGCAGGACACGCGCCGCCGGCUCCUGGAGAGAGGCUACAAGCACCCUGUGCUGCUGCUGCACCCUCUGGGCGGCUGGACCAAGGAUGAUGAUGUGCCGCUGGACUGGCGGAUGAAGCAGCAUACUGCUGUGCUUGAGGAAGGGGUCCUGGAUCCCAAGUCAACCAUUGUUGCCAUCUUUCCAUCUCCAAUGUUGUAUGCUGGUCCCACAGAGGUUCAAUGGCACUGCAGGUCCAGGAUGAUUGCAGGGGCUAAUUUCUACAUUGUGGGCAGAGAUCCAGCAGGAAUGCCCCACCCAGAGACCAAGAAGGACCUGUAUGAACCCACUCAUGGGGGCAAGGUGUUAAGCAUGGCCCCUGGCCUCACCUCUGUGGAAAUCAUUCCGUUCCGAGUGGCUGCCUACAACAAAGCCAAAAAAGCCAUGGACUUCUAUGAUCCAGCAAGGCACAACGAGUUUGACUUCAUCUCAGGAACUCGCAUGAGAAAGCUCGCCAGGGAAGGAGAAAAUCCUCCAGACGGCUUCAUGGCGCCCAAAGCAUGGAAAGUCCUGACAGAUUACUACAGGUCCCUGGAGAAGAAAAACUAAGUGCUUUUUGAUGUUGCAGUUUCUUUCCAAAGUGCUCUUUGAUUACCUUUCUAUUUUUGUGAUUAGAUGCUUUAUAUACAGUUGCUUCUUAAUCACUGAUUUUAAAGUUAGUAUUUUAUAGGGAGGCAAAAAU